AUGUAUAAAUGCAUGAAUGUUAAUCGUUUUCAUUUCAUUGAAGGUGAUACUGAUUCAUCUUAUUGGGCAAUCGCUGGCGACCCAAAUCUUCCUAACACUCAAGCAUUUCAAGCAAUUGUUACUGAUAAACAAUUUUAUGAUAAAAACAUUUUCAAAUUCGCACCAUUUGAUUUCUUCUGUUUUGAUGAGAAAUUUAAACCUAAAUUAAAGAAUAAAGCUGAAGAAAAAGCACAUGAGAAGAAGUUAUUGGGUUUAGCAAUUGAGAAACAAGGGGAUAACAUGGUGGCGUUAUGCCCUAAGUGUUAUACAUCAUUCAACGGUUCAAUUGAUGGAAGUGAUUUUAAAAAGAUUGCACAAAAAAUGAAAGGUGUUAGUUUAAGGCAAAAUAAGCAAUUAACACCUAAAAAUUAUUUGGAUAUAAUAAAUGAUAAAUUGAUAUUUGAUGGUCAGAAUAUUAAUUUACAACUUAAAAAUGGGUCAAUGACUCGCUUAACAAUCGGUAAGACUGCAUUAACAGGAGCACACACUAAGGCUGUAUGUUGUGAAAAUGGAUGUUGUAUGCCAUUUAUUUAA